GAGUGAGGACUUGUGCUGCAGGAUCAGACCCACAACCAUUUUCAUCAUUCAUAUACUAUAUUAUCUGUUGCAAAAAAUAAAAAUAACAAAGAAAUUCCAUUACCCUUUUCUCUGUUUCUUCGACUCAACUCCAUAAACUACUCAGUUUUUCACUUCCAUGAUGCCAGUUUCAACCAUGUGAAAAAACCUGUGUUGUGUCUGUGCUUUCUGUCUACUAUUUGGAUCUUCUGAACCAUGAAUCUCAGCAACAGCAAGGGAUCCAUGUCAACGCCCAGUUCAAGUUCUCCUCUGAAAGCCAGCGACGCCGUCUCCGACAAGUUUCCGGCGGGUCUCAGGGUUCUGGUGGUAGAUGAUGACCCCACGUGCCUUAUGAUCCUUGAGAGGAUGCUGCGGGCUUGUCUCUAUGAAGUUACGAAAUGCAAGCGAGCAGAGGUUGCAUUGUCACUUCUGAGAGAAAACAAAAAUGGGUUUGAUAUUGUUUUAAGCGAUGUGCAUAUGCCGGAUAUGGAUGGAUUUAAGCUUUUGGAGCAUAUUGGGUUGGAGAUGGACCUUCCAGUUAUUAUGAUGUCAGCUGAUGAUGGAAAAAAUGUUGUAAUGAAAGGUGUGAGACAUGGUGCUUGCGAUUACCUAAUUAAACCUGUGCGUAUUGAGGCUUUGAGGAAUAUAUGGCAGCAUGUCGUUCGGAAGAAGAAGAAUGGGUGGAAAGAUCUGGAGCAAUCAGGUAGCAUUGAAGAAGGAGAUCGACCUCAAAAGGGAUCUGAUGAAGGAGACUACUCAUCCUCGGUAAAUGAAGGUAAAAGCUCAAGGAAGAGGAGGGAUGAGGAAGAGGAAGGAGAGGAGAGGGAUGAUACUUCCUCACUGAAGAAGCCGCGGGUUGUUUGGUCUGUCGAACUCCAUCAACAGUUUAUGGCUGCUGUGAAUCAACUGGGAAUUGAUAAGGCUGUACCGAAAAAGAUUUUGGAAUUGAUGAAUGUUCCUGGGCUCACUAGAGAAAAUGUUGCUAGCCACCUCCAGAAAUACCGUUUGUAUCUUCGAAGGCUGAGUGGAGUUUCCCAGCAGCAGAGUAACUUGAACAACUCCUUCAUCAGCUCACAAGAAGCAACAUUUGGGGCAACUUCAAUCAAUGGAAUUGAUCUUCAAACUCUUUCAGUUGCUGGCCAGCUCCCAGCACAAAGUCUAGCCAAGCUUCAAGCCGCAGGACUUGGCAGGUCAACUGCAAAAACAGGUAUGCCCAUGCCUCUAUCUGACCAAAAGAACCUUUUCAGUUUUGAGAACCCAAGAUUAAGAUUUGGAGAAGGGCAACUGCAACAUUUGAGCAGCAGUAAACCAAUGAACUUGCUUCAUGGAAUCCCGACCAACAUGGAACCAAAACAGCUUGCCAAUUUGCAUCAAUCUGCUCAAUCCCUUGGCAACUUGAAUAUGCGAGUCAACGGUUCUGCUGCACAAAACAACCCCUUGUUGAUGCAGAUGGUUCAGUCUCAUCCAAGAGGUCAGAUGCUAAGUGAAAAUGCUGGUUCACAUGUUACCAGGUUUCCAUCAUCUUUGGUGCAGCCUACAACGCCAAAUGGAAUUUCUAAUGGUGUACUGGGAAAUGGGAUUGCUGGUACCAGCAACAUAACUCCUGCUUAUAAUUCAGUUCCACAAAGCUCUUCAUUGUUGAGUUUCCCAAUGAACCAAACCAAUGACAUGUCUGUCAAUAGUUUCCCUCUCAGAAGCACUCCAGGUAUGACCAAUAUCCCAACAAAAGGCAUGUUUCGUGAAGAAGGUACCUCAGAUAUUAAAGGACCUGGUGGAUUAGUUCCAAGUUAUGAUAUUUUUAAUGAACUCCACCAUCAAAAAUCCCAUGGCUGGGACUUAACAAACCCCGGCAUGACAUAUGAUACUUCUCAGCAUGCAAAUCCUUUGCAAGGUAACAUUAAUGUCACGCCAUCAGUUUUAGUCCAUCAGGGUUUUUCCUCUAUGCAACAGACUGGACAAAAUAGAGAUACUACUUCAAUUGGAAAAGCUAUGUUCUCCAUGGGUGAAGGCAUGCAUCAAGGAAAUAUCCAAAGUCUUGGUCAACCCCUCAAUAACCUUAUUAUUGACAACUCAGUAAGGGUUAAGACUGAAAAAAUUCCUGAUCCAAGCUCCCAGAUUAAUAACCUCUUCUCUGAGCAAUAUGUUCAGGAGGAUCUCAUGAGUGCACUUCUGAAACAGCAAGAAGGCAUUGGACCAGCUGGAAAUGAGUUUGACUUUGAUGGAUAUUCCCUAGACAACAUUCCAGUGUAGAUCAGAUCCUGUCAGUUCUCUUUAUAAUUGCGGUCGCCAAUGCAAAAUAGUUGGCGUUCUGUAUGAAUUUAAUCAUUCUGCAAUUAGUUAGUCUGAAUUUGAGCCUCAAUUUAAAUUUUUCCACAAAUAGAAUUUAGUUGUAAAAAAUUCAGGCUUCAGGGAGUAGUGUGUUAUUAUGAUUUAGUCUGGAUGCUCAAGAUCAUCUAAGUAAUCCAUCAAGAUGAAUAACAACAAACUUCACUGCAUGUAUGCAAAAAGGCAUAUUUGCAAUUUUUUGGCUGCGUUUGAUUGCAAAGGUUCUAACAAGCUUCUAAUGUUAAGGCACAAAUGAAGACAUUGGCUUAGGGCAGAACUGCAGAAGCAAGGUUUUGAUACACCUGCAGACUUGUAGGAGCAUUUUAACUUUAAUAAGAAAUUAUGAAUUUUUUUUUUUCCUGUUUAUGAUUUUCAAAUAGAGUAAAUGACUGCUGUAAGUAUGUAAAUAUUCCAUUUGGUUGCUCAGAACAUUCAGUCUGGCCAUUAUUUUCUGGUUGCUUCUGUACUUGGAUAUUACUAGUUCAGUUAUGUUUUUGUUGUAGACUUGUAG